GAAAUACAAAGGAUUAUAAGAAAAUAUGAACAACUAUAUGCCCACAAAUUGGACAAUUUGAAAGAAAUGGAUGAAUUCCUAGUUACAUACAUUCUUCCAAAACUGAAUCAAGAAGAAACAAAAUCUGAACAGACUACAACUAAUGAAACCAAAGCAGUGAUCAAAAAACUCCCAGCAAACAAAUGUCCUGGACUAGAUGGCUUCACAGGAGCAGCGGCAGUGGCAUGGAAGAAUCCUAUUUCAAGUUGGUUUACUGCUAUGCUCCACUGUUUUGGUGGAGGAAUUUUAUCCUGUUUACUGCUUGCAGAGCCUCCAUUGAGGUUUCUUGCAAACAACACUAAUAUAUUACUGGCAUCUUCAAUCUGGUAUAUUGUUUUUUUUUGCCCAUGUGACCUAGUUUCCCAGGGCUAUUCUUUUCUACCUGUUCAACUCUUGGCUGCAGGAAUGAAGGAAGUGACCAGAACUUGGAAAAUAGUAGGUGGAGUCACACAUGCUAAUAGCCAUUACAAAAAUGGCUGGAUAGUCAUGAUAGCUAUUGGAUGGGCCCGAGGUGCAGGUGGUAGCAUUAUCACAAAUUUUGAGCUAUUGGUAAAAGGAGGUUGGAAACCACAAGCUGAUGAAUGGAUGAAGAUGUCCUACCCUGCCAAGGUAACCCUGCUGGGGUCAAUUAUCUUCACAUUCCAGCACACUGAGCACCUGUCAAUAUCAAGGCAUGAUCUUGUGUUCCUCUAUACUAUGUUUCUUGUGGUCACAAAGAUAAUCAUGAUGACUACAGAGACCUCUAUUGUGCCUUUUGCUCCUUUUGAGGCUACAGUAAGUCGGAUAUUGUUUGGCUGGCAGCAGUUCUUACCAUGUGAAAAGAAAAGUGAAAUAAGCACAUCGACCACAAAGUCUACAGCUGUUAUUUCAGAUAAAGUUAAAAAGAAGGGCACUAAGAAGACUGAGUAAAUUUACUUGAUGUGUUUUAGAAGGCAAAAAAAUUUCUUAUCUACCUAGCAGACUGUGAUAAGUAUUUCUAUUGUAAAUGAUGUGAAAUAAAGAUUACACAUAAGGAAUGGAGGUGACAAAAAGAAAGAACUUCUUUCUUUUUCAGGGAGACUAUUCCUUUCUGGAUUGUAAUUCUCCAGUGUUGUGAGUGUAUCAUGUGAAAUUGUUCUUCUAAGUUAUAUAAAAAUAUUGUGGUUAUCUUAUAGUUUUAUAUUGAUAAAAGCAGGCUAGAUUUUUUCAGUGUUAGAGAAAGUGAACCUAUUAUCAUUGCAAAAUUACAAAAAUUAAAUUCUUUUUAUUUUUUUUAGAUAUUUUAAAAUUUAUUUGAGCUUUAGUUUAGCAAAAUUAAACUUCUAUUUCAUAUUACCAUUAUAAUUUUUAGAUAUGGAAAACAAUUCCUGUUUAAUUUGAACACGGGGAAGAGUAAACUUUACCUAAAUCACUUUAUAUUGCAAAGAAAGUAAAUUACUAGUUUAUAUCUCAGAUAUAAACAUUGUAUAUUUUGCCCACAUUAAAUGGAAAUAUCUGAAAUUUCAUU